CUCCAAUUUAUCUGCGUCACCAGCGUAGUGACGCAUGAACAGCAUACGAAAGGUGGGAGUUCACAUCGCCUCUGACUCGUUGCUUCUGAUGCGCACUCGAUCAGCUGAUCAAACUGCGCACUGCGAUGCUGUAUCCCAAAUUGAUCUUUCGUACAUAAUGAAUAGGGUGCUUGGACCAGCGGUAACACAAAUCCCUUCUCCUCAGUGAUCCCCCUGUUUUGCUCACUCACACGCACGUUGUCGGAGUGGAUCAGCGGCAGUUGAAGUUUGACUUUUCGGCCGCCGAUGUCAAUGGCUCACCCGACCUGGCGCCCGCGCGGUUCUCGCCCCUCAAGAUGACCGCACCCGACCGCGGCGCACCGCUCGACGCAGCGGACUUCGUGGUUCAAACCCAUCUUUCGACUCUCUAUCCAAAUGUGUGCUAUGCCUGCCCGA